CUGCUGCUGCGGCGCCUAGACUGAGCCGGCGGGGGCGAGGGACGGUCAGAAUCUCCGCGGUUGCUCGGAGGUCACUGUAGCUUUGCAACAGCCGGCAAUGGCGGAGGUGGACUCUCCCCCUCCGCGGCUUUUCACCUGGGAGGAGAUCAAGCUUCGUUCGGGCAGGGAGUCGGAGCGGUGGCUGGUGAUUGACAGGAAGGUCUACGACAUCAGCCGGUUCCACAAGAGGCACCCGGGGGGCUCUCGCGUGAUCAGCCACUAUGCCGGGCAGGAUGCCACGGAUCCAUUCACAGCCUUCCAUCUGGACAAGACUGUAGUAAGAAAGUUCAUGAAACCCUUGUUAAUCGGGGAACUUGCAGAGGAUCAGCCCAGCUUUGAGCUCGGCAAAAACAAACUGCUCAUAGAGGAUUUCCGUCAGCUCCGUGCUACUGUUGAGAAGAUGGGACUCUUGAACCCCAACCGCAUGUUUUUCUUCCUAUACCUCAUUCACAUCUUGCUGCUGGAUGUGGCUGCUUGGCUCAAUCUGUGGUACUUUGGGCCAUCCUUGGUGCCUUUUCUCAUCUCUGGAUUGCUGCUUGGCACUGUCCAGGCCCAAGCUGGUUGGCUGCAGCAUGAUUUGGGACACCUUUCAGUCUUCGGCAAGUCCAGAUGGAACCACUGGGUCCACAAAUUUGUGAUUGGACAUCUGAAAGGGGCACCAGCCAGCUGGUGGAAUCAUUGGCAUUUCCAGCACCAUGCUAAGCCUAACUGCUUCCGCAAGGACCCAGACCUCAAUAUGCAUCCUUUGUUUUUUGCAUUGGGAAAGAAACUCUCUGUGGAGCUGGGUAUGAAGAAAAAGAAGUUCAUGCCUUAUAACCACCAGCACAAGUACUUCUUCAUCCUUGGACCACCAGCUCUGGUGCCCUUCUACCUACAGUGGUACAUCUUCUACUUUGUGGUCCAGCGCAGACAAUGGGUGGAUUUGGCCUGGAUGGUGACAUUUUAUAUCCGGUUCUUUCUGACUUACUCAUUCUUACUGGAACUCAAGAGUCUCUUUGCUCUCUUCUUCAUGCUCAGAAUUAUAGAGAGUCACUGGUUUGUCUGGGUGACACAAAUGAACCACAUCCCAAUGAAUAUUGAUUAUGACAAGAACGCAGAAUGGUUCUCAACCCAGCUCCAGGCAACAUGCAACGUACACCAGUCUUUUUUCAAUGACUGGUUCAGCGGACACCUCAAUUUCCAAAUUGAGCACCACCUCUUCCCUACCAUGCCUCGACACAACUUCUGGAAGGUGACUCCCUUGGUGAAGUCCAUGUGUGCAAAAUAUGGCAUCGAGUACCAGUCCAAGCCUCUGCUCACAGCCUUUGCAGACAUUGUAUACUCUCUGAAGGAUUCAGGGGAGCUCUGGCUGGAUGCGUACAUGCAUCAUUAAGAAGGAAGCAACAUCUCAUUGGCGAGGAGCCACCCACUUUUGCCACCUUUAGCAACUGGCAUCUUGAAGGAAACAAGGCCUCACUUAGUUGGGGGUGGGCAGCUGGUAGAGCUGAAUUCAGCUACUGGAUGUGAUGUGUUAUCCCUUGCUCUUUUCUCAUUGCUCCUCUGGACUUCAUGAACUACUGAGAAGUUCCCCAGGGACAUCCGUAGGACCAGGAAAUGAGCUCCCAUCUAUUUGCUGUCAUUUUACAUGCUUCACACGUAGAGAGGAAAUCUUACAAUGAAUCUUUUGGUCUUGUUGUCUAACUUGCCUUGUUCCCUCCCAGAGUAAAAGGAACCAAGGAUGAGGUGAAAGUCUGAGAAGUAAAGGAGGAGGCAGGAAACAACGUGAAGAAUUUGAGAGCUGCAGUAGUUUGAAGACAAGAAACAAGGCACAGCAAGGAUCAGAGGAAAUCAUAGAUGCCCAAUUUCAAAAGAAGGACUGUUGGAAGAGAGCAGCCAAAGUCUGACACAGGGACAAGUGCCCAAGAAACACUGGACAGUUGCUAGACUUCCUUAAUGGCAGAAAUAUAUCAAGGGAGUCUGUAACAUCUUUGGCCAUACUUUCCUCACAAAAACUAAGGAGCUGUCGCUACCCGUGGGCAGUUGCCAAUCCAUAGGACAGGUUUUGAUUCAAGAAUAAUGGAUGUCCGUGGACUCAUUAAUGAUCGUAUGCAGAGGGAGAAAUUGAUGCUUUCUUACUUUAACUGAUAAUAUGCCUUCAGCACUUGAGGAGGACCAAAGUAAACUUUUCUUACCUGGAAUGGUGCUCUUUCUGUAUUACACCUUGCUCAGUUACUAAGGGCUCUUCGUCUGCCACGCAGCCAGUUUGUCUGCACUCUGCAAUGAGAAUACUCACUACCUUCUCUGGGAUGUCUGCUGUGAAAAGGAUGCCCCUUUGUGACGGAAAGGCAUCUUUUGCAUCCAUCACUUUGGAGUAGAGAUUCCCACAGUUGUAGCCAACCUCCGAAUAGUAGAGGGAGGGGAACACCCAGAGUCUCACCAUUAUUUUGACAGAGAAAAGCCACCAUGACCUGUCCCUGUAACUCCUUCAUGGCUUCUUCGUUGACACAAACAACUUCCUGUAUGGCAAAAACGAGACAUGGCCUUGAGGAAGUUCAGUUCUAGAAAAACUUGCUCCUUCAGAAAACAACUAUUGCUCCUUUAUGGUAAUUCUUUUUCUGAUUGUGCAGCUCUUCUUGAGGCGGAGCAUAGGCAGGCCCAUGCAUUGUCCUCUUACUCCUCUCUAAGGCACACUGAUGUGAGGGCUUGGAGCCAAACGUGCUUUGCAUUGCCCAAAGGAGAGACUUGGAUCCAAACGUGCUUUGCAUUGCCCAAAGGAGAGACUACAUGGAGGCAAAAUGGUAUCCAGAACCCUGGAUUGCUUUCCAGACUUACCCAGUGCCAUUCAGAUUAACCCGUGGGAAUUUGUACAACUUUUUUUGCACAGUUCUGGUUGCAGGGACCAAGCUUAGAGGCAGAGUAAAAACCCUUACCAUAAUGUAUGGAACUGCUGUUAUCAAUCCCAACAACUGGUCAUUUCUGAUUUGGGAGGCCCACCCACAUAAUGUUUGAAGACCUCUGCCAGACCAGAGGUGAAGGUACGACUGGACUUUCUAGAAAGUGUUACCAUUCCAGCCCACAGAAAGCAGCCAUCCAAAGAAAGCCGUUCUGUUGCGCAUCUCAUUCUCUUGUAAGAUGUGCCUGGAAGUCAUGGUUUGAAAGGAAGGAAGCUACUCAGUGAAUUGCCUUCAGAGCCUUAUGCCACUUGUUGGCAAAUAUAACAUAGCUGCCAAAUUAGGUGAAUGGUGAGCGGGGAACAGCCCCUCGCACAACAUAGCUUAAAACGAAGUCCCUGAGCUCUGAAAUGCCUUUGAGCCUCCGUUCUUUCCUUUUGUCAAGUCCAACCACUUCCCUUCAUUAUCUGCCUCUCUUUCAGAGAGAAAGAAGCAUGUGAUGUAAGAUGGUUCCUGUUCCUUGGAUAACCCUCACAUCUGUUGAAGCUAGUCAGCUUGGUGUGGUUAAUUUCCAAAUGAGAGGGGAUGAUUUGCCAUUUGGAGGGAUCCAGCCUGAGAUUCCCUUGCCCAUAGCAUCAUUAUACUAAAGGGGGUGGGGAACUGGGAGAGAGAGGAAUUAUUGUCUCCCCUGUGGAUAAAAACAAUGGAUAGUUGUGUUGUGUGUGCAUUUUCAAUGGGGAAAAACAAAACAGUUAAAUCAUAAUCUAAAUCUUGAAUAACAAAGAGUAGUUUCAGCAAA